AUGCCUCGACCCGGCCUUCCUCUCACCCCAGGUUCUUCAUCUGAUAUCAAAGGCAAGGACGGAACUCAACAGCUCUCCUCAUUUCAGCUAUCUUUCGAAUUGCCGCCUCCAGCAAUCCAUGAUGCUUCCCGCAUAUCGCCGACCAUGUCAUCUCAGGUCUCACCAACAGAUACAAAAUCGCACCGACUCACCACAACAUCCCCAGGAGCAACAUACCCAAUGCAGCCUGCCGAAACGGUGAAGGCACGUCGCCGUUCUUCUGUUGCGAAAGACCAAAAGGACAACUCGUUUGCCCUGCCGCCUCCACCAACGAGAUCACGCAAAAUCAUCCAGAUGAAGCCCCGGCAGGAUGGCAAUGGCGACAACGGUGGUAGCAAAGAUAAAGCGAAGACGACCAGCAAGAAUGCUGCAUCAACAAAAACGACCACAGCAGCCAAUUCCAAGAUAAUAACGUCAGAAAAAGGAGAUGCGGCCGCGGACGAUAAGGCGAAGAAAAAGCAACCGAGUGCUACAAGCGCAGCAGGUCGAAAAAUUGCCCGUAAAACCGCACACAGUUUGAUCGAGCGUCGAAGGCGGAGUAAGAUGAAUGAGGAGUUUGCUGUGCUUAAAGGAAUGAUCCCGGCUUGUACAGGAGACAUGCAUAAGUUGUCGAUCCUCCAGGCUUCAAUCGAGUAUAUUCGAUACCUGGAGGAUUGCGUCUCCAAGCUGAAAGCACAACAGGAGGAAGAUAAUGGCCAGACCGAGUCCGGGCGGCAAACACCCACAGGGCGCGACCGUUUGCCGUCUAUUCGUGAAUUUCACCCGACUUUCCAAGAAGACCCAGUUGGCGAUGAAGAUGUCGAGAUGGAAGACUCCGAUGUCACGUCACCCGCCAUGACGGCAAUGUCAGAUCGUAACCCUCGCCACCCAUCAGUGUCUCCUGCUCUCCCACCUCAGGACUCACGCAACAGGGCGCAAUCAUAUUCUUCUGUAUCGACCGACCAUCGACGUUAUAGUUACAGCGUUUCUGCUGGCACAUCUCCAGCAUUCGGCCCACAGAUAUAUGGUGCCCCACAUUAUGCCCGCAGCGAUGCCUCAGCACCUGGAUCAGCGUUGACAAGCCCGGCUCUCAAUCCCCAGAGCGAACUUGAUCAAGAGGCCAUGGCUGCAUUGCUGAUGCUGAACAACGAUCGUCGUGACUCGAAAGGCCGAGGGCUUUCAGUGCGCGAUCUUCUCAGCACAUGA